CUGAGCCCGGCCGGGGCGCCGGGGCCGGGGGCGGCUGGCGCGGGCAGGAAGCGCCUCGCGGCCCGGGCCCGCCCCCCGCCUCCUGCCUCCUCCGGGCUCCCGGCUCCCGGCCGCGCCGCGCCCCAUGCACUCGCCGUGCCGCGCAGCCCGCGCACGCCCGGAUGGCUCGUCGCGCCGCGGGCGGCGCACCCCGUAGCGCCCGGGCCGCCGCGACCAGCCCCCCGCCGCCGCGCCCGCCAUUCCGGGCCCCGCGGCCGUGCCCGCUGCCGCCGCUGCUGCUGCUGCUGCUGCUGGGGGCGGCGCGGGCCGGCGCCCUGGAGAUCCAGCGCCGCUUCCCCUCGCCCACGCCCACCAACAACUUCGCCCUGGACGGCGCGGCGGGGACGGUGUACCUGGCGGCCGUCAACCGCCUCUACCAGCUGUCGAGCGCCAACCUGAGCCUGGAGGCCGAGGCGGCCGUGGGUCCCGUGGCCGACAGCCCGCUGUGUCACGCCCCGCAGCUGCCGCAGGCCUCCUGCGAGCACCCGCGGCGGCUCACCGACAACUACAACAAGAUCCUGCAGCUGGACCCGGGCCAGGGCCUGGUGGUCGUGUGCGGCUCCAUCUACCAGGGCUUCUGCCAGCUGCGGCGCCGGGGCAACAUCUCGGCCGUGGCCGUGCGCUUCCCGCCCGCCGCGCCGUCCGCAGAGCCCGUCACGGUGUUCCCCAGCAUGCUGAACGUGGCGGCCAACCACCCGAACGCGUCCACCGUCGGGCUGGUGCUGCCGCCCGCCGCCGGCACCGGGGGCAGCCGCCUCCUCGUGGGCGCCACGUACACGGGCUACGGCAGCGCCUUCUUCCCGCGCAACCGCAGCCUGGAGGACCACCGCUUUGAGAACACGCCCGAGAUCGCCAUCCGUUCCCUGGACGCGCGCGGCGACCUGGCCAAGCUCUUCACCUUCGACCUCAACCCUUCCGACGACAACAUCCUCAAGAUCAAGCAGGGGGCCAAGGAGCAGCACAAGCUGGGCUUCGUGCGCGCCUUCCUGCACCCGCCGGACCCGCCGCGGGGCGCCCCGUCCUACGCGUACCUGGCGCUCACCAGCGAGGCGCGUGCGGGCGACAAGGAGAGCCAGGCGCGGAGCCUCCUGGCGCGCAUCUGCCUGCCUCGCGGCGCCGGCGGCGACGCCAAGAAGCUCACCGAGUCCUACAUCCAGCUGGGCUUGCAGUGCGCGGGCGGCGCGGGCCGCGGCGACCUCUACAGCCGCCUGGUGUCGGUCUUUCCCGCACGCGAGCUGCUCUUUGCCGUCUUCGAGCGGCCCCAGGGGGUCCCCGCGCCCCGUGCGGCUCCCGCCGCGCUCUGCGCCUUCAGCUUCGCCGACGUGCAAGCGGCCAUCCGCGCCGCGCGCACCGCCUGCUUCGUGGAGCCGGCAUCCGACGUGGUGGCGGUGCUCGACAGCGUGGUGCAGGGCACCGGGCCAGGCUGCGACAGCAAGCGCAACAUCCAGCUGCAGCCAGAGCAGUUGGACUGUGGAGCCGCCCACCUGCAGCACCCGCUGUCCAUCCUGCAGCCCCUGAAGGCCACGCCCGUGUUCCGAGCCCCGGGCCUCUCCUCCGUGGCCGUGGCCAGUGUCAGCAACUACACGGUGGUCUUCCUGGGCACAGCCAGCGGGCGGCUGCUCAAGAUCAACCUGAAUGAGAGCAUGCAGGUGGUCAGCCGGCGGGUGGUGACGGUGGCCUAUGGGGAGCCGGUGCACCACGUCAUGCAGUUUGACCCAGCAGACCCUGGCUACCUUUACCUGAUGACGUCCCACCAGAUGGUUAGGGUGAAAGUCGCUGCGUGUGCCGUGCACGCCACCUGUGGGGACUGCGUGGGUGCGGCCGAUGCCUACUGCGGCUGGUGUGCCCUGGAGACACGGUGCACCCUGCAGCAGGACUGUGCCAACUCCAGCCAGCAGCACUUCUGGACCAGCGCCAGCGAGGGCCCCGGCCGCUGUCCCACCAUGACAGUCCUGCCUGCCGAGAUUGAUGUGCGCCAGGAGUACCCAGGCAUGAUCCUCCAGAUCUCUGGCAGCCUGCCCAGCCUCAGUGGCAUGGAGAUGGCCUGUGACUACGGGAACAAUAUCCGCACUGUGGCCCGGGUCCCAGGCCCUGCCUUCGGCCACCAGAUCGCCUACUGCAACCUCUUACCCAAGGACCAGUUCCCGCCCUUCCCGCCACACCAAGACCAUGUGACCGUGGAGAUGUCUGUGAGGGUCAACGGGCGGAACAUCGUCAGGGCCAAUUUCACCAUCUACGACUGCAGCCGCAUCGGACAAGUGUACCCCCACACAGCCUGCACCAGCUGCCUGUCCACACAGUGGCCCUGUUUCUGGUGCACCCAGCAGCACACCUGUGUCUCCAACCAGUCUCGGUGCGAGGCCUCACCAAAUCCUACGAGCCCUCAGGACUGCCCCCAGAUCCUGCCUUCACCCCUAGUACCCAUGCCCACAGGCAGCUCCCAGACCAUCCCAGUGCGUCUGGCUAACGCUGCCUUCUUCCAGAGCGCAGCCCUAGAAUGUAAUUUUGGGCAGGAGGACAUCUUUGAGGCCGUGUGGGUGAAUGAAUCAGCUGUGCUCUGUAACCAAGUGGUGCUGCACACGACCCAGAAGAGCCAGGUGUUUCCACUCAGCCUCCAACUAAAGGGACGGCCAGCUCGGUUCCUGGACAGCCCUGACCCCAUGACAGUGGAGGUCUAUAACUGCGCCAUGGGCAGCCCCGACUGUUCUCAGUGCCUGGGCCGGGAGGACCUGGGCCACCUGUGUGUGUGGAGCGACAGCUGUCGCCUUCGGGGGCCCCUGCAGCCCCUGCCUGGAGCCUGCCCUGCCCCCGAGAUCCGGGCGAUUGAGCCCCUGAGUGGCCCCUUGGACGGUGGGACCCUGUUGACCAUCCACGGCAGGAACCUGGGCCGGCGGUUCAGCGAUGUGGCCCAUGGCGUGUGGAUUGGCGGCGUGGCCUGUGAGCCACUGGCUGACAGAUACACAGUGUCAGAGGAGAUUGUGUGUGUCACGGGGCCAGCCCCAGGGGCGUUCUCAGAUGUGGUGACAGUGAACGUCUCCAAGGAGGGCAAGUCACGGGAGCGCUUCUCCUAUGUGCUGCCCCUGGUCCACUCCCUGGAGCCUGCCAUGGGCCCCAAGGCGGGGGGCACCAGGAUUACCAUCCACGGGAGCGACCUCCACGUGGGCUCUGAGCUCCAGGUCCUGCUGAACAACACAGAGCCCUGCACGGAGCUCAUGCGCACAGAAACUAGCAUCGCCUGCACAGUGCCUGGGGGCACCCUGCCAGCCCCCGUGCCUGUGUGUGUGCGCUUCGAGCACCGGGGCUGUGUGCGUGGCAACCUCACCUUCUGGUACAUGCGGAACCCGGUCAUCAUAGCCAUCAGUCCCCGCCGCAGCCCCGUCAGCGGUGGCAGGACCAUCACAGUGGCUGGUGAGCGUUUCCAUAUGGUGCAGAACGUGUCCAUGGCUGUGCACCACAUCGGCCGACAGCCCACACUCUGCAAGGUUCUCAACUCCACCCUCAUCACCUGCCCUUCCCCGGGGGCCCUGAGCAACGCGUCGGCACCAGUGGAUUUCUUCAUCAACGGGCGGGCCUACACUGACGAGGUAGCAGUGGCCGAGGAGCUGCUGGACUCCGAGGAGGCCCAGCGGGGCAGCAGGUUCCGCCUGGACUACCUCCCUGACCCUCAGUUCUCCACGGCCAAGAGGGAGAAGUGGAUCAAACACCACCCUGGGGAGCCCCUCACCCUAGUCAUCCAUAAAGAGCAGGACAGCCUGGGGCUGGAGAGCCACGAGUACCGGGUCAAGAUCGGCCAAGUGGCCUGCGACAUCCAGAUCGUCUCGGAGAGAGUCAUUCACUGCUCGGUCAACGAGUCCCUGGGCACAGCCGAGGGGCAGCUGCCCAUCACGGUCCAGGUAGGAAACUUCAACCAGACCAUUGCCACACUACAGCUGGGCGGCAGUGAGACCGCCAUCAUCGUGUCCAUCGUCAUCUGCAGCGUCCUGCUGCUGCUCUCUGUGGUUGCCCUGUUUGUCUUCUGCACCAAGAGCCGCCGCGCUGAGCGCUACUGGCAGAAGACCCUGCUGCAGAUGGAGGAGAUGGAGUCGCAGAUCCGAGAGGAAAUCCGUAAAGGCUUUGCCGAGCUGCAGACGGACAUGACGGAUCUGACCAAGGAGCUCAACCGCAGCCAGGGCAUCCCGUUCCUGGAGUACAAGCACUUUGUGACCCGCACUUUCUUCCCUAAGUGUUCCUCCCUCUAUGAAGAGCGUUACAUACUGCCCUCCCAGACCCUCAACUCCCAGGGCAGCUCCCCGGUGCAAGAGACACACCCACUGCUGGGAGAGUGGAAGAUCCCCGAGAGCUGCCGGCCCAACAUGGAAGAGGGGAUCAGCCUGUUCUCCUCGCUGCUCAACAACAAGCACUUCCUCAUCGUCUUUGUGCAUGCCCUAGAGCAGCAGAAGGACUUCGCAGUGCGGGACAGGUGCAGCCUGGCCUCCCUGCUGACCAUCGCGCUGCACGGCAAGCUCGAGUACUACACCAGCAUCAUGAAGGAGCUGCUGGUGGACCUCAUCGACGCCUCCGCCGCCAAGAACCCCAAGCUCAUGCUGCGGCGCACGGAGUCCGUGGUGGAGAAGAUGCUCACCAACUGGAUGUCCAUCUGCAUGUACAGCUGCCUGAGGGAGACGGUCGGGGAGCCGUUCUUCCUGCUCCUGUGCGCCAUCAAGCAGCAGAUCAACAAGGGCUCCAUCGAUGCCAUCACAGGCAAGGCCCGCUACACGCUCAAUGAGGAGUGGCUGCUACGGGAGAACAUUGAGGCCAAGCCCCGGAACCUGAACGUGUCCUUCCAGGGCUGCAGCAUGGACUCACUGAGUGUGCGAGCCAUGGACACCGACACGCUGACGCAGGUGAAGGAGAAGAUCCUGGAGGCCUUCUGCAAGAACGUGCCCUACUCCCAGUGGCCUCGCGCCGAGGACGUCGACCUCGAGUGGUUCGCCUCGAGCACUCAGAGCUACAUCCUCCGGGACCUGGACGACACCUCAGUGGUGGAGGAUGGCCGCAAGAAGCUCAACACGCUGGCCCACUACAAGAUCCCCGAAGGUGCCUCGCUGGCCAUGAGCCUCACAGACAAGAAGGACAACACGCUGGGCCGAGUGAAAGACUUGGACACGGAGAAGUAUUUCCAUUUGGUGCUGCCCACAGACGAGCUGGCAGAGCCCAAGAAGUCCCACCGGCAGAGCCACCGCAAGAAGGUGCUACCAGAGAUCUACCUGACCCGCCUGCUGUCUACCAAGGGCACACUACAGAAGUUUCUGGAUGACCUGUUCAAGGCCAUUCUGAGCAUUCGUGAGGACAAGCCCCCUCUGGCCGUCAAGUACUUCUUCGACUUCUUGGAGGAGCAGGCUGAGAAGAGGGGAAUCUCAGAUCCUGACACCCUGCACAUCUGGAAAACCAACAGCCUCCCUCUCCGGUUCUGGGUGAACAUCCUGAAAAACCCGCAGUUUGUCUUCGACAUCGACAAGACGGACCAUAUCGACGCCUGCCUCUCGGUCAUCGCACAGGCCUUCAUUGACGCCUGCUCCAUCUCUGACCUUCAGCUGGGCAAGGAUUCACCCACCAACAAGCUCCUCUACGCCAAGGAGAUCCCCGAGUACCGCAAAAUCGUGCAGCGCUACUACAAGCAGAUCCACGACAUGACGCCGCUCAGCGAGCAGGAGAUGAACGCGCACCUGGCCGAGGAGUCGCGGAAGUACCAGAACGAGUUCAACACCAACGUGGCCAUGGCAGAGAUUUAUAAAUACGCCAAGAGGUACCGCCCGCAGAUCAUGACAGCCCUGGAGGCAAACCCCACCGCCCGGCGGACCCAGCUGCAGCACAAGUUUGAGCAGGUGGUGGCUCUGAUGGAGGACAACAUCUACGAGUGCUACAGCGAGGCCUGAGCACCUGCCGGAGACCGUGUGGGAAGGAACCAGGCACCCGGCCCUCGGCCUCAUUGGGUCCCCAGUGCCUCUGACUCGGGCUGGGCCAUGACUGAGCAGAGCCACUGGAGAGGGGGAGUGAGGAGCCCCCCCGCCCUGGCCCCUGGGGCACCUCUGUCCCUUCCUACUUGUCCCCAGGCCCAGCCUCUGGGAUGGGGGCUUGGAUGACACAGCCCGUCUCUGGUAAGGUUCCCACCACCCAACAGCACAGCCCGGACGGUGCCCCGCACGCUCUGUCACAGCCAGCUGCUAAGAGCCCCGCCCGACUCGGUCCCGCACACAAACAGACAAACAGGAGAGACCGCCUGGCCCAGAGGCCGCAGCCAGAAACACUACCUCAGCCUUUCUGACGGAGGGGAGGCCGCCUCGAACCAGCCCGUGAUUGGUUCCCGAUUUAACCACCAAAACGUUGUCCAGUCUCCCCUCACCCAGAGAGGCCCCUGGCCACACAGUUGCAAGCAGUGUCAGAUUUUCGUUGCUUAAGUGGCUACUGGUGGCGUGGGCAGCGCCCACCGCCCGUGGGGAGGCUCCUGGGGCUUUCCCUGAGCCAGGAGGGCGGGAGCCAAGGGGGCCGGUGCUGGGCGAGCGGGUCUGGGGCAGAGGGGCUAAGUUGCACCAAGGAUGUAGCUGGGCUACUUGAUCUUGCUGGGAGUAUUUCUAAAGAUAGCACCACUUUGUUUUUUUAAGAAAGCUUUUCUAUAUUAAACUUAUAUGCACCAACUGUGAACAGCUGCCGCUUGUGCAGAGGACCUGGGAGGGCACCGAGGGGCUCCCAACGCAACACUGGAAAUGACUGUUCCAGAGGAUGGGCAGCUCUGGCACAGAACACCCCUCCCCCCACCCCCCUGAGAAAAAUCACGCCUUCUGUUCCCGUCGCAAGUGGCCCCCUGGCUGACCGGAGCCGCGCAGCAGACCCAGCCAGCCCAGGGCCUGGCCCGGGGGGUGACCAGGACGCUCUAAAUGGAACCUUCUUUAUAAUAAAAGCCUGAUGGGAAGACCUGCUGUGGGCUCCAGCCUUUAUCCUGAGAUGGCCGAGGAGGGAAGCGGAGCCUGCAGCGAGAGGCAGGGGCCCUGGCUCAGACCGGCCUCAGCCUGCCGAGGAGGCUGACGGCGACGGGGCAAUGUGGCUGCCUGCUUGCCCGGGGCCCGGCCCGGACGGUCCCUAGGCUCUGAGGGCAGCACGGGACCUGCAGGAAGAUGUCACGGCUGCUGUGUGCCACCCACCCCUGGUGGGCCCUGCUCCUAACUCACCUUUAGUUAACAGGUCCCCGAGGAAUGGAACAGCAUCCUCGUGUUACAGGUGCAGAAACAGCGCAGAGGAGGGAUUCCCCCAGGGAGCGCCGGGGCGGGGGCACAAGCCAGGGCCCUGGGCCCUCGUUCCUCAGUGCCAGGCUCGGCCAGACCAGCCUCCACAGCAGCCUCCGAAUGCGGGGGGUGGUCCGCACUGGAAAAAGCCGACAGUUACGCACGCACCCCGAGUUUUUCAUCGCUCUUAAAAAAAUGUAUCACUGACCCCAUUUUUCAGAUGAGGAAACAGUUUCCCCCAGGCCAGGAGGGCAGGCUGUUCCUCACCGUGGCCCAUGAGGACGGUGAACCUGACUGGGGGCCAGCACAUCCCCAGAAGCCCCCAGCCCACCCCGCUGACCUCCUGGAGAGGUCACGAGAAGCAAAGCCACCUCCCAGUUAGAAGCAACUCAGGUUAUUUUUUUCCCUUUACGGGAAAAAAAAAAUAAGCACACACAUUUAUCAAAGGUAAGAAGUAGGACAGAAAAAUUCAAUCCAUUUAAACAAAAAUCCUACAAAUGCCAGUUUUUAAAUUAAUGAGAACAGAAAAGUGAAAAGAGAAAAGUAAACAAUUUUUAGCUCUAAAAACGGCCUUUUCCUGUGGUAGCUUCUGGGUAGAGAGAUUUGUUAUCUUUUCAAAUUUUCUAUUCUGAGCACUGAUUCCUGCUUAUUAAGCAGCAGAUUGCUAAUUUAAGUUAUUGACACAUUUGAUAGAAAAAAAAAAUUCUUUGGGUGUGAUGCUAGAAUUAAAUACACUUCCUACAGAAACAUCAGGAAGAAAAAAAAGAAGGAAAAAAUAAAAG